AUGGGCAAGACAGCGGUUGCCGAGUAUGUGGACUAUGCGACCAUCCACGGUGUAGAACGAAUCAAGAAUUCGCCGUUCGCAGGGUUUAAGAUACUUUGGCUAAUAGCGUUGUGCGGAUCCCUGGGUAUGAUCACGUUUCAGGUCGUUAUGCUGUACCGGAAAUACGACAGCACCCCUGUUUCCACGUCCAUGGAGUUGAAGACAGUGGAGAAGAUGCGAUUUCCAAAAGUCGUCAUCUGCAACACUAACCCUGGCCAGACAACAAGAUUACCAGUUGAGUCUGGUGAAAGCGGAACGGCGGUCACAGUGGCAGAGUCGUUCAAACUGUGGUUAAGCAGCUUGCCAGAAUCUUUGUUAAUGGCAUACUCUCAACCUUUCGACGAAUUUGUCCUGUCGUGCGCUUUUGCCGGGAACUCGUGCUCACCAUCCUCUAUCGGAAAUCACUCCACAUUUCGCACGUAUGACUACGGUCUGUGUUAUGUGUUCGACCCCAAGAAGCAAGAUGGUAUUUCACCUUCAGCGGAAGUGUCCUCCUCGGGUCAAAGAUUCGGUUUAGAAUUAUUGCUGAACGUUGAUCGAGACCAAAGUAUUCAUUUGGUGACGUCAUCAGAUGGCGUUUUGAUUUGUCCGUUGCAUGACGUAAGCGAAUACCUAGAUGCGGAUUCUGGUGUAUUUGUUCCAACUGGUUUCCAGGCCAACAUAGCCGUUUCAAAGUCUGUAACUGAAAGUGUUCCUGGUAAGAACAACGAAAGCCCGAUGUGUGACGAAACCUCGGAUACGUCAGUUCACAAUAUAGCGCAGAGAUGCGGCUGCUACCAACAGUUUUUCAUGCUCGACAAGGUCAAGGUCGACUCUCAACUCAGUACGACGUUAGACAAUGACACGGACUACAGACCCUGCUUGUCAAGCAAAGACUUAGUUUGCAUACUCAAGGCACUUGAUGAAUUCACAAACUCCACUCCAUCCGGGUGCAAAUGCAUCAGCCCAUGCAGAGAAAACGUUAUACGUGUUCGGAUUUAUUUGAAGGCUCUGUCUUACGAAGUAAUCAAAGAGAGCUAUGCAUAUGAGAUUGCGAACUUCAUCAGUGACAUUGGUGGUCAGCUGGGAUUGUGGGCGGGCUUCUCCGUGCUUUCCAUCUUGGAGCUCGUGGAACUCAUGUUCCUUCUCGUGGCAAAGAAAGAAAAGAAAGAAAACCCGACAGAGCCGGCACGGAAUGAACCAGGAGACAAUGACAUUAGCCUAGACACGCACAAAACAGAACUGUCCGACUUUGAUUAA